UGUUACUUAUAACAAGGAAGGAAUAUUAUUCUAUGUCUUUAAUGGCGACCGAAUGAUUGAUUGAUAUAAUGUAGUGUUUCAUUCUAUAUCCUGUUUUGAUAAGAUAUCGACAUUUCGUAAACAUUCGAUAUACAAUUAAACCAUAAUUGGUCCGUCUUGUUUCUUUGUCACCCAGAAACUUCACAACUGUGUUGUGAGCGGAUUUUCAGCGCUUAAAAUUUUGUGGUACUUCUACGUUUCUGCGCUUUUGUAAAUGUAGAUCGUAUGUUUUGUCAUUUGAUUAAAGCGUUUGAAGACUUUGCAGCGCGCUGACACCAAUCGGCCACCGUAGCUUAGCAACCGAAUCAUAACAAUUCUUAUUCCGUUUAGAGUUUUCAUUUGAACAUUUAAAGCAGCUCAGACUUGCAGUUUAUCAGCAAGAGAGAAGACGCGAAAGAUGUCCAUCGUGAAAACCACCGUGAAUCUCCAGAGGAUUGACUGGCUGCUGCCGACAGGUGCAGUCAGUGUGCGGAUCGCCCCGGAAUACAUCCCCGGUCCAGUUGGCCGAGGACAAACCAGUUCCAGUGAUGCUGGCCGUCGGAAGAAGUGCCGCACCAGGCCGCCGGCAGCCAGCUCCCUGACCACGUCUGCCUCUCCUGGAUCUGCUGCCAUCCCGGUGGCAACCAGCAGGGGUCAGCAGGGCACAGGCCGCCGUAGAAAAACGGCGGGAGGCCGGUCAGGGCGAAGAAGGAGGUAUGACCAACAGAAGGGGUUAGAGCCUAAGCCCAGCUCACCAACCUUCUCCUCCUCUUCAUUUUUAUUUCCGUCUUCAGUCCCCUCCCCUUUUGUUUCAUCCCCAUUUCUUUUUAUGGGCUCCUCUGUUUUAUCCCCACACUUAGUCACACCUGUAAGCCCAGCUCCACAUCCAUUUUCAGCUCCAGGCAUGGUUCAUCUGACCCCUCUGCUUCAGGCUCCAGCACAGGCUGUAGCCGCCUCAUCUCACCUGGAAAAAUUCUAUUGGUUGUAUAACUAUUAUGUAACAAAGUACUCUAAAAUGACCUAUGACGCCAAGUGCUUUACUGAGUACUGGUGUCAGGAGUUUUGGAACAGACAUUUAAAUGAAAUUAACUUAGCGAAACAGGGGAAGAAUGAGGAUAAUGAGGGUACUCAUUCAACCAAGAGGCGUAGGAUUGAUGAAGAUGAGUUCAUCUUUCCUAUUGAUGCACUGGAGCAGCUAAGUACCAUGCCCAGGGCUCAGGAGAUGGGUGUGGAGAUGGGCUAUCAGUCAGAUGCACAUAGCUACAUUUCCCUGUAGAUUCAGCACAUAAUUACACGAGACUUGUCAUACGUACUUAGGAUAAGAUAAAAUUAGGAUAUGUUACCAUGUAGUUCUAUAGCAUAAGGUACUAUAGGAUAAGCUUAAGAUAGGAUAAGGUUAAGAUUGUAUAGAAUAAGAUAAAGAUAGGACAAGUUAAGAUAGUCUUAACUUGUAUGCCAUUUUAUGUUUUACAAAGACAUGAUAAAUUACCAUAAGUUUAGGAUAAGAUUAUAUGAGAUAACAUAGUAUAAGAAUAAGAUAGGAUUGCAUAGCAUAAGAUAAGAAAGAUAGGAUAAGAUAACAUAGAAUAAAAUUAAGAUAGGAUAGGUUACGGUAAGCUUAAGAUUGUAUAACAUAGGAUUAGAUUAAUUAUAAAUAAAGCAGUCCUCCUUAGAGGGGGGGUGGUGGAGGGAAUAUUUAAGAAAUAAAAAUAGGAUUAAUUAAGAUAAGGUUAAGAUAAGAUUGUAUAACAUAGGAUUAGAUUAAUUGUAAAUAAAGCAGUCCUCCUUAGAGGGGGGGUGGUGGAGGGAAUAUUUAAGAAAUAAAAAUAGGAUUAAUUAACAUAAGGUUAAGAUAAGAUUGUAUAACAUAGGAUUAGAUUAAUUGUAAAUAAAGCAGUCCUCCUUAGAGGGGGGUGGUGGAGGGAAUAUUUAAGAAAUAAAAAUAGGAUCAGUUAACAUAAGGUAAAGAUAAGAUUGUAUAACAUAGGAUUAGAUUAAUUGUAAAUAAAGCAGUCCUCCUUAGAGGGGGGGUGGUGGAGGGAAUAUUUAAGAAAUAAAAAUAGGAUCAGUUAACAUAAGGUAAAGAUAAGAUUGUAUAACAUAGGAUUAGAUUAAUUGUAAAUAAAGCAGUCCUCCUUAGAGGGGGGGUGGUGGAGGGAAUAUUUAAGAAAUAAAAAUAGGAUCAGUUAACAUAAGGUUAAGAUUAGAUUGUAUAACAUAGGGGGGCGGCAUGGUGGUGCAGUGGUUAGCACUGCUGCCUCACACCUCUGGGACCCGGGUUCGAGUCUCCGCCUGGGUCACAUGUGUGUGGAGUUUGCAUGUUCUCCCCAUGUUGUCGUGGGGUUUCCUCCGGGUACUCUGGUUUCCCCCCACAGUCCAAAAACAUGCUGAGGCUAAUUGGCGUCGCUGGAUUGCCCAUAGGUGUGCAUGUGUGAGUGACUGGUGUGUGAGUGUGCCCUGCGAUGGGCUGGCCCCCCAUCCUGGGUUGUUCCCUGCCUCGUGCCCAUUGCUUCCGGGAUAGGCUCCGGACCCCCCGCGACCCAAUAGGAUAAGCGGUUUGGAAAAUGGAUGGAUGGAUGGAUGUAUAACAUAGGGCUACAGUGAAGAAAUCAAAAAUUUCAAGGCAGCAUGAAGGUAACGCACAAUCAGGGAUGUGCAAUUUCUGAGGCAUGUAUUCAAAAAAAGUAUUUUAAUUGUGUUUUAUCAUUCAUAUUUGACUUAGUUCAUGAAAUAAAAUGUUUUUUUCUACAGACUUUGAUCAGUGUUUUUGUAUUUUGUAAAAUACGAGAAAUACUGUAUGCAUGGUAAUGUCAGGUGUGCAAAAUGUUUGUGCUAACAAAGGACACAGAGCCCCUAGAAGGGCACAGAGCCAGGCUGAGCACCACAGCGCUAUCCAGCCCAUGGCUGCCGAUGGUCACAUUCCACCAGAACCCCCCCAACACUAACUCCCCAGGGAACUUCCAAGCAGCAGAGCAGAUUCCAACAACCGAGGAUCAAAGGAAAAGAAAAGAUACUGGCAGGAAGAAGAUGAUCUUGUGGCCAAAGGUUAAAAAUGUAGAAGUUUGGAGAACAAAUGUGUUACAAAUGAAAUAUUAUUUGAAAUGUGCUACAGCUUAAUCAUUCUAUCAUACAUCCAUCCAUCCAUUUUCCAAACCGGAGACUCGAACCUGGGUCCCAGAGGUGUGAGGCAACAGUGCUAACCACUGCACCACCAUGCCGGCCCACAAAUUUAAACAAAUUCAUUUUAAAUAACUUUAAUCUCAGAGCCAAUUGCCAUGUGCCCACAAAUAUUUCAAUUAUUAUUGUUUAUGAUUAUAAAUGCCGAAUACAUUCCUGGAGCCUUCGAUUUAGCAUACACAGUGCCCUCUACAGGAUUCUAUCGAAACAGCAUCUCUCAACCUCGUUCACAAGAUUUGUCUUUUUCACAAAACGUUUUUCUUUGUAAAUCCCAAAAUCUUCCUAUAAAUGUAUGUAUGAA